GGGGGGUGUUUCCAGGCACAAAGUCCCCAUGAGUCACUGAGCUGUCCCAGCCGUGCCACAGCCAUGAACGCUAUACUUUCUGCAUGGGGAAGGUGAAGAAAACCCAUUUGAAGAACAAGAAGGCCAAAGCAAAAGCCCAGGGGAAGAAGACCGAAGCCGAUGGCGACGAGGUUUUGGAUGCGGGGGAGACCAGCCAUGAGCUGAAGAGGCGGCAUGCAGCGGAGCGCAAGGCUUUGCAGGCCAAGAUCGUGGAGCUGAAGCGGCAACGCAAGAAGCUGCCCAAGAAAAAGAACAAGGACGACAAGAAGGCCUUGACGGAAGAGAUGAAAAAACUCAAGAGCGAAAUGAAGCUGGAGCACCAGGACAUCCAGAACAUCAUCAAAACCAAGGGAUCCCAUUGCAAAAGCAUGCACAAGUCAUAUUUAUGUAAAUCGCGCCAUUCCUAGAGUACAAUGCUCCGAAUCGCCAUUUCCUCAGAAAUACCUUUCCCGCGACAUUUGCUGAACCCUCAAAGAUUCGUUGGAGAAAGUCGUCCUAAAAUCCUUGAACAUGUGCAUGCCUUUCUUGUAGAACCAACCCACCUGAUGAAUUGCUGUGGUCAGAUGAGCUACGGCAAAGACAUGAUGAUGAACUGCAGAAGGCUGGUGUCCAAGUGGAAGAGGACAGGGAUUUUGAAGAAGAUAAAUACAUAAGGAUAUCCGACAUUCAAAUAGAAUGAAUAAAAUAUAAUGGAAUCUUAAUAUUCAAUUUCAUGAUAUUGGAACAGAUUCACAAAUUCUCAUCGAAAAAAAUAUUGUUCAAACAGACACCUGAUCAGGAGGAAAGAUAUGAUGAAUCUGAAGAUGAUGAUAAUGAAAUUUGAUUAUCUAAAAAAUAAACGGGGGGUACGUGGUGGCUAGCCAUUCGAUUUUAUAAUAUAUAUAUAUGAUAUUUCGCAUAUAAAUGGGGGAAUAUAAAAAAGAAUUAGGCAAAGGGAAAAAAAAACAAGGAAAGGAAAGGAACAGGAACAAUA